AUGGGUGAUAGGCUCACCCAGUUGCAGGAUGCUGUCGACCAGCUAGCGCAGCAGUUCGUCGCAUGCAUCCACUACAUCAACCGACACCACAACCUCGAGACGCUGGGGCCCAACGACAUGAUCAGAGACGUGCCGAAGGAGCAGGACCAGCAAGAGGUCGCCCCGCACCCCCCGGACGUCUUCCGCGCCGCCCAGGUCGAGCUGGCGCAGGACCUCAUCACCAAGGAGCAGCAGAUCGAGCUGCUGAUCUCGAUCCUGCCGGGCCUGGACAACAGCGAGCAGGACCAGGAGCGCAACAUCCGCGAGCUCGAGGACGAGCUCAAGGCCGCCGAUGCGCAGCGCCGCGAGGCUGUCCGCGAGCGCGAGGAGGCUAUGGCGAAGCUGGAUGCUGUCAUUCGCAGUGUUCGACGACCAUGA